AUGUUAUCGGCGUUCACGGCGAGGCCUCUCGUCGAGCUCAAGCCGCGCGAUAAAUCGAGGAUCGAGUCGUUGCUGGCAUAUGGGGAUAGGCUCCUCGUGGGCCUGAAUAAUGGCAGUUUGCGCAUCUAUCGCGUCAAUGAAGUCACGGAGGAUGAGCCGCGGGGUCAAGGGGAUGCGGAUGGAGAUGCCCAUGCGGAGGGAGGAGAUGGUCGCAAUGGGAAUAUCCCCGGAGGAACACCAGGGGGGACACUUAAGAAUGGAGCUGAUAAGGGGGAGAGGUCGGCGACGAUGAGCUCGGUUGUUGGAGGAGGGACCGCCUCCUCGGCUACCGGCAACGCCGCGGCUCCUAUUGCGAAGCCUAAACAGACGGAUCUGCUGCGGGAAUUGGAGAAGUUCUCGAGAUACAAGGUUGAGCAGCUGGCGCUGAUUAAGGAGGCGAAGGUGCUGGUUUCCCUCUCAGGAGGAUAUGUUUCCAUCCAUGAUUUGCAGAGCUACGAAUUGCAGGAGCAACUGACCAAGACGAAAGGCGCCAGUACCUUUGCCGUGACGUCAAAUAUCUUCAAUGACCCCGAGACGGGCGUUCCGUCGAUUGUGUCGCGAUUGGCGGUGGCGGUGAAGCGGAAGAUACUGCUGUGGACGUGGCGGGAUAUGGAGUUGGAGAGCGAAACGGCAGAGUUGACGCUGGUCAGCGGCAUUAAGAGCCUGACGUGGGUGUCCGGGACGAAAGUCGUGGCUGGACUCAGCUCGAGCUUCGUGAUGGUUGAUAUUGAGAAUUCGUCCGUCACGGACUUGGUGGGACCUGGAAGCAUUGGGGGUCUUGGGGGUCAGGAGACCGGGCGUCUGGCUGGGGUCGGCGUUGCGAGUAUGAGCUACAUUGGCAUCGGAGGAGCGGCGCCGAAACCGCUAGCGACCCGACUCAGCGAGGGCCAGGUGCUGUUGGCGAAGGAUAUCAACACCCAGUUUAUCGAUAUCAAUGGCAACUCCCUCGGGCGGAGACAGGUUCCGUGGAGCCAUGCGCCCGCCAAUAUCGGAUACUCGUAUCCCUUUCUACUGGCGCUCCAUGACUCGUCCAAGGGCGUCUUGGAGGUCAGGAACCCUGAGACCUUGUCCUUGCUCCAAUCCAUUCCGCUGCCGUCGGCGACCCUCUUGCACAUCUCGCAGCCUACAAUCAGCUUGGCGCACGCCGGGAAGGGGUUUCUGGUUGGGAGUGACCGGACCAUCUGGAGGAUGGAAGCUCUGAGCUACGAUACGCAGAUCGACUCGCUCGUGGAGAAGGGGUAUCUGGACGAGGCGAUCAGCCUGGCCAACAUGUUAGAAGACGCGCUUCUCCGAAACAAAGAGGGUCGGCUUCGCGAGAUCAAGCUCGAAAAGGCCCAAGGUCUUUUCAGCGUCCACAAAUAUAGUGACUCCAUGGAGUUGUUUACCGAGAUCUCGGCUCCUCCAGAGACCGUAAUUCAGCUCUACCCUAGGAUUAUCGCCGGUGAUCUCAGCUCGGUGAGCGAGGAGCCGGAGGAGUCGGAAGAUGGCACGACGGACAGCCUGUCGAAACCUUCUGACGGCCAACCCCAGACGGAUGGCGCUAUCUCGGAGGAGCUGGCGGCUUCGAAGACCUUGACACACACCCCUUCCAUGCGCUCCUUCCUUCGCACAAAGACAGACGAUGGGAGCGACGCGGGAAGUAUCCGCGGCAAAUCCUCGGAGGAUCCUCGAGCAGCAAAAUCAGCCCAGGAAAAACAGCUUGAGUCCUCCGUGCGCGAGCUUCAGCGAUACUUGGCAGAUGUUCGCCGGCGGUUUCAGCGGUUCCUCAACCCUGACGGGACUUUGAAGGUGGUCGACCCCACGGCCGAUGGAGCAGUGGAUGAAUUCACCGACUCCGUUAUGAAACUACUCGAGAUCACCGGGGAUAACAAAGACCACGACUUUGGCGACCAGCUGCGAGAAAAAGCGAAGCUGGUCGACACGACCCUUUUCCGGGCGUACAUGUUUGCCAAUCCCCGUCUUGCCGGCUCCCUCUUCCGCAUCGCCAAUUUCUGCGAUCCCGAAGUGGUCAUGGAAAAGUUGGAGGAAACCGGACGGCACAACGACCUCAUUGACUUCCUGUACGGUAAAAAGAUGCAUCGACAGGCCCUCGAGCUACUGAAGAAGUUCGGGCAGGCCGAUUCAGAGGAAGAGACAGCACCGCAGCUCCACGGUCCUAAGAGAACCGUGGGCUAUCUACAGAACUUAGCCCCGGACCAGAUCGAGCUCAUUUUGGAAUUUGCCGAAUGGCCUCUACGAGAGGACCCUAACCUAGGAAUGGAGGUUUUCCUUGCGGACACUGAAAAUGCGGAAACCCUACCCCGGCAUCAGGUCCUAGAGUUCCUGCAGAGCGUCGACACCAAUCUUGCCGUUCGGUACCUCGAACAUGUCAUCGGAGAGUUGAACGAUAUGACCCCUGAUCUACAUCAACGGCUCCUUGUGUUGUAUCUAGAGCGAUUGCAGAAGGAUAAGACCAAGGAAUGGUCGUUUCCGAAUGAGAAUGAUCGGGCGGAGUGGCUGAAUAAAUUCCUUGAAAUGUUGAAAUCCAGCUCGCAGUAUUCCCCGGCUAAGAUCCUCGACCGGUUGGAUCGCGAUGGUACGUAUCACCUUGUGUGGCCUAGUGUUUCGCGUCGAAGGUAUUCUAACACAUUGCGUAGAUUCCGAGUUCUUUGA